AUGAGUCAACACCACCACAAUGGCCACAGGAAACAACACAACAAGAAAGUCAGGAUUAACAGGGCGAGGAAGAGGCAGAGUUUGGUGACGACUUCUGCUGUGUUGCGGCUGUUUAUUGUGAUGGCUGCUACGGUGUCUCUUGUCCAAACCCUGCCUCUCCCGGCCCCUGCUGACACCCUGCCUUUUCCGGCCCCUGCUGACACCCUGCCUCUCCCGACCCCUGCUGACACCCUGCCUCUCCCGGCACCUGCUGAUACCCUGGCUCUCCCGACCCCUGCUGAUACUCUGCCUCUCCAGGCUCCUGCUGAUACCCUGCCUCUCCAGGCUCCUGCUGACACCGUGCUUGUUAAUAUGGUGCCUGAUGGCACAGUACCUGCUGACAUGGUGACUGUUGACAUGGAGUUAGUUGACAUGAUUCCUACUAACACUCUGCCUGUUGGCACGGUGCUUUCUGAUAUCCUGCCGGUUGAAACGUUAUCUGCUGGCACUCUGCCUGCUGACAUGGUACCUGCUGAUCCAUCAUCUGGUGACUCAUCGCCUGCUGAUCCAUCAUCUGGUGACUCAUCGCCUGCUGAUCCAUCAUCUGCUGAUCCAUCACCUGCUGACCUGACAACUGCCUACCUGUUUACAUCUACUCUGUCCUCAACUUAUCCAACUCGUCAAG